GGCGGGACAAGGGCGCCGCGGAGGCCCGGCCAGGCCCGGGCUGAGGCUUCCCACCCAGGGCUCCCGGGCCUGGGGGGCUCGGCGGGGCGGCUGUUCUCUCAGCUCGGCGUCUCGCUGCCGGCAGAGAUGGACCGGCGCCUCGCCGAGCUGGUGGAAGAGCUGACCACUUCGGGGGAGCCGCGGCUGGAGCCGGGCAGGAUGAAGGAGCUGAAGAAGAUCUGCAGGUCUUCAGAGGAACAUAUCAGCCAUGCCUAUCACCUGCUGGUGACGCGCCUCAACGAGGAGCAUGCCGAGGUGCGCUUCUCUGCCUUCCAGAUCGUGCAGGAGUUGUUUGCCCGAUCCCAUCAAUUCCGGACGCUAAUUAUUUCCAACUUCCAAGAGUUCUUGGAGCUCACGGUGGGGAUAGACCUUGAGCAACCUCUUCCCCCACCCAAACAGGUGGCACAGAAACUGAGGAAAGCAGCCAUUAAGUCAGUGCAGGACUGGCAUGAGAAAUACGGAGAGGCCUACAAGCAGCUCUCUCUGGGAUACCAUUUCUUAAAGAACAAUAAGAAGGUCGAUUUUCAAGAUGUGCAUGCCAGAACUGUGGCUGAAAGGAGGAGGGAAGAAGAGAAGCAAAAACGAUUGGAUAACAUUUACAAAGAAAAAGCCAAAAGAGCUGAAAAAGAAAUGGAAGAAAUGUCCCAAGAGAUUGCUGACACACUGACAGAGAUGGAAAAUUCUUUCUGCCUUCUGAUGCCAGAUCCUUUCGACUUCACUGUGAAUGAUGUGGAACUGGAACCCAGCAAACAGAUUUCUGCUAAUGAGGAUAGACCUGCAUCCCCCUUGUCCUCUCAGAUGGAAAUUAACCAGUCCUGUUUUGAAUAUAUGGAUGAUGAACAGCCAUGCUGCAGCAAGGAUGUUCUUUCUGUUUCUCAGUGUGUUAGAACUGAUAAAAAACAGUUAGAUGAGAAACAGGAGAAGCCUGAGCAAAAAGAAUUAGAUGGAGACACAUGCUCAAAAGCUCAGUCUGGUGUCCCUGCUCUCAAUGAUGAUGAUUACGAGACUUUUGUCAGGAACCAUGGGCUUAUUUCACAUAAGUAUACUCUAGACCUUGAAAUCUCCACAGAAGUAAAAGUGCAUGAGAAUGAAGAUAAUACUGCCAUAAUAAACAAUGUCAUGGAUGCUCACAAACUUGUCAGAAAUAAGUUCUUGCCUUCUGUGCAGUCCUGGAUUCAGUUAUUUACCAGAGCAGGAAUAAAUGAUGAUCGACUAAGAUGUGCCAUUGAUCUCAAGAAUAAAUUGGAGACUGCUAUGAAGAAAUACAAGGAAAUGAACAUUUCCUUUAAAGCAAGAAAAAGAAAAGUGAUGAAAGCCUUGGAUGAUGAUGAUGACAGUGAGGACGACGAUGAAUUUGUGGAGGUCCCCGAGAAGGAAGGUUAUGAGCCUCACAUUCCAGACCACCUGCGUAAGGAAUAUGGGCUAGAACCCCAGUCACCUCCUAAAACACUGGUGGGGAAGACAUCAAUAGGACCAGCUCCAACGAGCUCCAGUGCCCAUCUGAAAAGGGAUGAAGAUGAACUUGAUCCAACCUGUGCAGCUGCUACACUGAAACUUAUUAGAGACAAGUUACCGAAAUUACCACGUCUAUGUGCCAGUGAAUCUGUAGCUACUGAGCCAGCAGCCUUGGAAGAGCCUGACUGUAGGAGAAAAAAACUAGAAGAGGAAAGAGCUAAGGCUCCCUUCAUGCCUUUUGGAUUAGAUCUUCACUACUGGGGACAGAAUCAGCCAAGUGCUGGGAAGAUUCUCAAAUUUGCUUCUGAGCAUCGAUUUUGGGCACCCAGUGAAGUAGAGGAAGAGGUGGAAAAUACAGAAAUAACUGAAAUGUUAAAAACUAGAUACAUAACGUUUGCUGGCAAGUUUGAACCAGUGAAACAUAAAUGUCGAGCACCAAUGCCUGAUGGAAGUCUGUGUGAAAGACAGGAUCGGAUUAAGUGCCCUUUCCAUGGAAAGAUAGUUCCUCGAGAUGAUUCUGGGAUUCCCAUUAACGCAGAGGACAGAGCCAGAGAAGAAAAGAUGCGGUUUGAGAAGCAAGCAGCUCAGCCAGAAUGGCGAGAUCCAGAAUUCAUGAGAGAAGUUGAAGCAGCUACAGGAGUGGAUCUUGGUUCCUCUAAAAGUAAUGGAAAAGGAGGGAAAAAGAAAGGGAAGAAGAAAAAAUAUCCAAAUUUGACAGACCUGAAGCAGCAAGCUAACACUUCUCGUUCUCGGCUUGAGAAGAAAGUCUUCAAUAAAGGUGCUGUGAAACGGGUGGUGAAAGCAAUGAACCGAAUGGAUCAAAGAAAGCAUGAGAAGUUUGCCAACCAGUUUAACUAUGCACUGAAUUAAAUUGCUAAACAAAUUUGCCCUUCAUUUUAUUAGAAGAGUGCAACUGCACAAAAACUUUCUCGCAGAUCUUCAUAUUUAUACUAAAAUAGUGCACUAGGUGCAUUUUUAGUGGAGCAGUUUUCUGAAUUAUUUUCAUCUUUUAACUUAUUGGAUAAUGAACAGUAAUUUUGGCAAAGAUGUGAUACAGAAUGGAAUGCAUAUAACAAGUUGAUAUUUAUUUGCAAUGUACAUAAAAUAGAGCAUGUUUUAUGACUUGUACAUACUCCGGGUAAAACAUUCAGAUUUUGGUUUUGUUUUCCUUCCAAAGGGACUCAUGUAAUUUAUACCUCCUUUGCCAACAUGUGUGUUGUAGUUUGCCUCCACUUUCAUGCCUUCAGAAAGAAGAUGCCUUAGAAACAAUUGGAUUUCUACCAGAGAUGGCAACACGCAGAGUAUUUGCUCAGCCUACUAUUCUAGAAAGUGUACCACAUCAAGUAGCACAGUGGUUCCUGCAGUACUAUUAAAGACCUGUUGUGUGCACACUCAAGAAAAUAAUCCAAAUCAACAGAUGCCUUCAGAUAAUGAAUGGAGUGCAGCUGGAUUUUAGCAAACUGAAAUCCAGGAGUUAUUUCAAACCUGGUAGCUGUGGCACCAAUAGAGAAGCUGAAAUGACAAAGGUCAUCCUGGUCUGCUUCUAGUCUUCCCAAGAUGGUAUCCCAGUAUCUUUCAGAAUUAUAUCUGGAAAGCAUUUUGUGGAAGUUUGUAGAGAUACUCAGCAUGUGCUGCUGUUUAGCUGACACCAAAAAGCUCCAGUACAGAGUGAAAGUAUGAAGUUUUAAAAAAUUGUUCAAGUGGCAUACUGUACUAGUGAACUGUCUGGCUUGAAUUGGUUAAAAUUACAUCAGACUUAAGCCUGAGGGUGGAUCUAAGGAUCCAGAUAUAAACACAAGCAUCUAGACUCUUCUGACUCCAGAGAGUUAAAGUGCAUGCUGAGAUCAAGCAGCUGGAUGUAGUGAGGUUUGUUCUUGGUUGAGUGCUUACCCAGCUCUCCCAAACCUGUUUUGUUGGCUAUAGUCAUGUCUUAAGCAGAGCGAACCAAAUGUUGACUAGUUGUGCUUUUGCAAGGUUUCAUACAGCUUUGUGGGUGAAGGAAAUCCAGACUAUCAAGGAGGACAGAGCAUUUGAAAAGCAGUUUCAAAGUGAACUGCAGAAGUCUUCAAUAAAACACUGAAUACAAAUUAAAUGGAUUCUCUACAGCACUGGCUUAGUCACCUGUUGGAGGUGUUUCCUUAUGCAUCAAGGGACUAUAAGAAUUAAAAAAGGAGAAAAUUCAAAUCCUCCAUGUAGCUUUUGAUCACCUCAGACAAAAGCUAAUUUAAAGUUCUGCCAAGUACCUUUUGACUUGCACAAGCAUUGCUUAGAAAACCAAUUAAUGCUGAAUCUUGAUAGCUUAUCUUGCAAGAGCUCUGCAGUUUGGAAGACAGUUUCCUUCUCAAACACAGACAUUUAGAAGAUACACUUCUAAGCUACCACAAAUAAAAUAAUAGACAGAACUUCAGAAGAUAUCUACUGCACUGGAAAGCAAAGCCACUUCUACUGUCAGUCUAGCUAACUUGUCAGUGAAGGCUUUAAGUGAAAAUGUAGACAAGACAAACCAAGUUCCCCAUCAGGUCAGUUGAUGAUUUUUAAACUGAUUUUAUUUCUUAUGAAGGAUAAAGACCCAAAACCAAAAAACAGCCAACAAACAAAACCCCUCACGUUUGAAUGUAAUACAGGUCAUUGGUUGCUGGGAUCCCAGAACAGCCUAAAUGAAACUGUUUGAUCUUGGAGAUUAGCAUUCAAAAGAGCCACAAAGGUCACUGUACCACUAAUCCAGAGAUUCUUGAGCCUGCACAGGCUAAAGGUGUUCAUUGAAGGCAUGUUUUCUCUUCCCCCCCAUCCCCUGUAAAAAGAGUUGUAAAAUGAUGCUUAACCCUACUUUGCUGUGGACAUAAGAUGUCAGCACUAAAAAGUUUCUGGCAAACAGUAGGCACACUUUACCCAUAGAGUUCCCUUUUUGGGCCUUCAGUAAAAUAAAAUAAACACAAAGACUGAGAUUGUAAAGGGAAAUGAUAGAAAACUGUAAGAAAGAAGUGUGCUUAGUAAGUAAUGCUUCAUUAAUGAUGCUACUUAGUCACAUCAGUUCUAGAAUUGUUGGGUAAAACUUCUCUGGACUAGUGUGUCCAAUCUACCAGUUAAACCUGAUCCUACCAUGUGAUCUAUAUGCUCUCCCCCUUUCUUUAUUAAACACACACAUUCAAAAAGGUGUUUAGAAAAACCUCUGUCAUGCAGAAAGAGAAUUUGCAGAAUUGAGGUUUCCCAGCAAGUGACUUGGAGAUAGCUGACUGACACAGGUGCAUGGACUUUGGGCCAGGUUAGUGAUGACUUUUUUUUUUAAAGCUCUUCAAUUUUUGUUUUGGUUUUGUUGUAAGAACUUUCCAUGUCAGGUGGGGAAUAUAUCCACUUGGAUGUAACUUUUUUUUCCUCCUCUUUCUGCCUUGAAGCAAGAAAGACCAUUGACCCUCCAUAGGAGAAGGUGUUGAACACAUCUUCUGUAGCACUGCCUUUAGGAUAGCUCUUAUCAGCAUGUAUCCAGUGUUUGAGAAACCCAUGCUUCCUCUGCUAUGUUAAUUAUGGCCUCAUUUAAACAAAUUAUUUCUCUACAGGGGCAAUUCAGCAUAUAUACACACCGCAGGUCUUGAAUUUUGCCACUUCAGCAUUCUCAUUAGAUCUGGUCAGAUAUAGUUCCAAGGAUUUUGGGAACUUUCUCCUUUUCCUGGGUUCAUCUGUAGCUCGCUGGAAGAAAAUUUUUAAAAAGGCAUCUAUCUCUAAAGGUUCAGCAUGCCUUCAUUAAAUAAGUCUUUUUAACUUCAAAAUAAAUCAAGCUACCUUUUAUAUACACCACACCGCUUUGUGCAUCGCUUUACUUGUGGCAAUUGACAAAUUUGAGGUCUCUGAGCUCACCAGCUUUUCAGUCAUCUUAGCUGUUAAACUGUCUGUCUGACAUUUCUGCUAGCACUUUUCUACUCUUGUCCUCAGGGCUUCUGGGGAAAAAAAAAUAAAAUACAAGUUUCAUUCAUGUAA